AUGCCGUCCAGGAGCGAUCGCCCGCAGAUGGAGGCCUUGCUCCAAGCACUCCAGCACCAGUACGGCACCACCAACGUGCUCGAGCUCCUUCGUGAGAACCCCAGCAAGUGGUUCAGAGGCAACCCCAUUGACGACAGAGACCUCGCUCUCAUCAACGCCACACCCGUGCCCUGGAUCAAUAUCGGCCGACAGUCUUACUUGAAGCACAUGCACCAUAAGGUCAAGGGCCAGCCCUUCCAGACAACCAAGUGGACCGUUGAGAAUGAUCAGCACCUUCGUGCUAUGAUCUCUGAAGUCGGCGCCGGAUUCAUCGGCUUCGCCAAGCCUCCCACCAAUUUUCCUGCGCGCGACUGGGAGUCCAUGAUGGCAUCUCCGGCAACAUCGCCCCGGGUGGUCACAUGGGGUCUGCUUUCGGGACGACCUUCCAAGGUUCGCAUCCUGGCAGGACCCUGUGAGACCUGCAACAAGCAUCCUUGGGACAUCAUGAUCCUCCGAGACUUCCACACGAAUACCUCGCGCCUCGAUGACGUUGCUUCCAUCGCCUCUCGUCAGUUUGACAUCCUCCUGAUGAAGAUAUGUGAGGAUUUUGAUCAACCCUGGGUCGUCCUCGCCGUCAAGGACUCCGGCCCCUUGAAGAUGGAACCUUGCAGCUCCGAUGGACAGUGCAACCACAACUGUCUAGGUUUCUAA